UUGCACCCUAUGAACCUAUGGACUACCAAGCUAUCAGCUCUUUGAUCUUCACCCUCUUCCGAACCGCCGCCGAUAUCACCACCUUUCUUCUCUCCAGUCCCCAGCGCUUCUCGGCUAUGCUGACCAGGACUGCCUCACGAUGUUCGACUAAGCUUCGGGCUGCCCUCCGACAACCAUCCCUCCGGGUUGCUAAACAACCACCACAAUGCCGGCGAUUCUCGAUGCCCACAGCAAACGCCACUCCCGGCGCGCAGUCCGCUGCCACUUCCAGUGCCGGAAUGCUGUCCCCGUUUGUCAGCGAGCUUGAUAAGAUUGCCCCAUCAUUCAGGAUCAACGGAUCGCAAAUUCGGGUUCUCCAAUCGCCAACCGAGUUCUACGAAACCCUCAAGGACAAGAUUCGCAAUGCGGAAAGACGCAUCUUCCUGUCGACACUGUACAUUGGGAAGUCUGAGAAGGAACUGAUCACUACACUCCAAGAGGCGCUGCGCUCCAAGCCGAACCUCAAACUCAGCAUCCUUACCGACGCCCUGAGAGGCACACGCGAAGCCCCUGAUCCAUCAUGCGCAUCACUUCUGGCCCCAUUGGUCGAGGAAUUCGGCCCAGAUCGUGUUGAGAUCCGCAUGUACCACACACCGAAUCUCACAGGAUUCAGAAAGAAGCACAUCCCGAAGAGAAUAAACGAAGGAUGGGGUCUACAACACAUGAAGCUGUACGGCUUUGACGACGAGAUCAUGAUGACCGGCGCCAACCUGUCCAACGACUACUUCACCGACAGGCAAGAUCGCUAUCACCUGUUUUCGUCCAGGGACAUCACGGAAUACUUUUCCAAUUUGCAUGAUGCCGUAUCGUCACUCAGCUUUCGCAUCGACCCAUCCGACGCCCCUUCCGGCUUCAACAUGGUGUGGCCCAAGAACAACGCCGCCCCAUCCCCUCUGGAAGAUCACAAGCAGUUUGUCAGAGAAUCAACAGGAUUGCUGGCAGGUCUCAUCUCACCCAAGACUGCGCCGCUGACCGCCAAUGACUCCACGCCAUUGGAAAAGCGGGAUACAUCUGUUUACAUGCUCGCCCAGUUCUCGCAAUUACUGUCGCCAGACACAUCGACAGAACUCCCGGCCAUCACGCAUAUUUUGAACACCCUUGCCGCCCCACAAUACUCCAGGUCAUCUUGGACAUUUACCGCAGGAUACUUUAACCCUGCCCCAUCGCUGACCAAGCUCCUUCUGUCAACCGCAUCGCAAAAUAAUACUGUUAUUACAGCUUCACCGUAUGCCAACGGCUUCUACAAGUCUCCCGGGGUCUCAGGACUGCUACCAGAUGCGUACACACUGCUUGCCCGGCGCUUUGUGCGCGCAGUUCAUGAGAAGAAGCUGGACUCAUCUACGGUAAUGAAAGAGUGGAGGAAGGGCACGGUUGGCGAGCCUGGAGCUUGGACGUACCACGCAAAGGGUUUGUGGGUGACUCUACCAGACAACAAUGGUCCAUCCAUAAGUCUGAUCGGUAGCUCCAACUACACUAAGAGAAGCUACUCGCUGGACCUGGAAGCCAACGCUCUCAUCGUGACGGAGAAUGAGAGUCUGAAGAAACAACUGGCCAACGAGCAAAAUUGGCUGCAAGAAAAUACCACGGUGGUCACCCGAGAGGACUAUGCCAAGACUGAGCGCCGCGUCGGUCUCAAGGUGCGCAUUGCGAUGUUGAUCGUGCGGCUUGUGGGAGGUGCCUUGUAAGGAACUGGUCUGGUGGAGACUUGAUGUGUAGGACUGGUGUAAGAAUAGGAGAGACAAACGAUACCCAAGAAUACGGAUAGAAGGAUACUUCAGCAUCACAGUUCAGAUGUCAGCUGUUUAGACGGAUAGAAGUUUAUGUUUUGUUCAAUGCUGAGCGAGUGUGCCCAUCAGACUCGAGAGCCUCUGCCGUCACGCCGGACGAUGGGGUAUGUAUGCAAAAAGUCACCACAUCUUCGAUCCUCCCGCCCCGAUUUCCGACAUCAAAAUGCGCUGCAAUGCAAACUUGAAAAGCAGACAACCGAUAAACGCCGUUCCCUAAUACUGAUUCGCAUUUAAGUCAUCCCGGACAUGACAAACAUCCCCGUUUUUUGUUGGAAAUGCAAAGACAUAAAAAAGAUCGUCUCCCGAAACGCCCCCCCCUGUAAGUCUCGUGCAGUCCCCAUUUUAAAAAACGCCGGAAAAGUCCACCACAAUGGCAUUGCGCCACUGAGAUGAUUUUUUGGAGGAUGCUGUUAACAAGUCGAAGCUUUUGGGACCGAUCGUGGGGGGUCCGGCCCGA